GAUGUAGAAGAAUUAUAUAAAUUGGCUAUACCUUAUGGAGGGUACUUGGAGUUGGAAUUCCCAUAGCACACAACAAAAUGGGGGCUUGUGGAUUUCACCUGUCUUUAAUUGUUGUUAGUUUGGGGAUAAAAUUUGUGUGGGGAGAUACAGAUCGCUUUUUCUUGAGUCAUGCGGUGGGAAUCAACUACGGGAGGCUGGCAGACAAUCUGCCACCGCCAUCAAAAGCAGUGGAGCUGAUCAAGAGCAUUAACGCAGGCUAUGUCAAAAUCUACGACGCGGACUCAGAAGUCCUCAAGGCGCUGGCCAACAGCAGCCUCCCUGUUGUGAUCACGGUUGCAAAUGAAGAAGUUUCAGGCAUAGCCUCCAGCACUACCACUUCAGACCAAUGGCUUCAAACCAACGUUCUUCUUUACUAUCCCCUAGCUAAAAUCUGCAUCAUCAUGGUGGGCAACGAGAUUCUGUCACACACCGAACUACAGUCCGUGUGGCCUCAGCUAGUCCCCGCAAUGCAAAACACGCACGCCUCCUUACAGAAGAAGAAUCUAGACUCCUCCAUUAAAGUAACCACAUCUAUAGGCAUGGACGCCCUCUCUUCCUCUUACCCGCCCUCCAACGGCUCCUUCAAACAAGAAAUCGCCAUGUCAGUAAUGCAGCCCAUGCUCAGCUUCCUCUGUGCCACGGAUUCUUAUUUCUUCCUGGAUGUGUACCCUUUCUUCGCCUGGAAUUCCGACCCCGCCAACAUAUCUCUGGACUAUGUGCUCUUAGGCGAGAUCACCACGGACGUAGUACAGGACGGCACUCUGAGUUACUCCAACAUGCUGGAUGCACAGCUGGACGCCGCCAUAGCGGCCAUGGCGACGCUGGGCUACGGUGAGGUGAAAGUGGUCAUUAGUGAGACGGGGUGGCCCACCAGUGGCGACUCCAGCGGCGCCACCGUAGCCAACGCCGCCAGCUACAACACAAGACUCGUCAGCAAGUUGUUAUCAAACACCGGUACUCCGCGUCGUCCGCAGACGUUCUUUGCCACAUUCAUCUUUGCCCUCUUUAAUGAAGAUGAGAAGACCGGCCACACCACGGAGCGCAACUGGGGCCUCUUUUACCCUGACGGAAGUCCAGUCGUCGUCGUCGGUCGUUUCCUGUCAAUUUGUUUGGGCGAUCAUUUUGUGCUCAACCAAUUUAUUUCUCUUAUUUAUUCUUUGAACAAUACGUUUUUAAGGUGUGGCCCUGUGAGGUUGUAAGCGACCCAACAAGCCCAGCGAGUAGAAUUGUUUGUGAGAAAACAAGAAUUAGAAGAUAUGUCAGAGAAAUGCCAGAAAUGGCAGCGCACAACGAUUGAGCUUCAGAUAGUUAUUGUACGAGGAUUUCAGAAUGUUGAGGUGGCGGGCAUGACAGAUGAUAGUAAAACACAAAUCGGAAUCCCAAAUCUCGGUUACUAUUUGUAUGGAGAAUUUUAUAUCAUGUCAUGUAGCUAUUCAAUGUAGACAUAUAAGUUUUUAGGUUAAU